AUGAGGGCACACGGAGAGCCGGACAGGCAGACGUGCAGGCACACGGACAGACGGACGUGCAGGCACACGGACAGAGAUGCGGACACACGGACAGCCGGACAGGCAGACGUGCAGGCACACGGACAGACAGAGAUGCGGACACACGGACAGCCGGACAGGCAGGCACACGGACACGCAAGCCCGGACACGAGGGCACAGCGGUGGGCGCGGGAACACCUCCCCCAGCUGUCCCUACGCACACACGGGCACAGCGCUGCCCGCAGGCACGCAGGGGCGCACACACGGGCACACCCCCCCCGUGCACAUACGUGUACACACGCACGCAGACCCCUGCACACAGACAUGCGGGCAGGCAAGUAUGGACAUGUGUGCACACAUGCACGGCCCAGCACACACAUACAUGUUCACAUACAUGCAGACACAUGUACCCACCCGUGCAUGUAG